AUGUAUCACAUCAACGGAUCUCAGACUACCUUUUUCUUUUUAUACGCAUUGUCAUUCGGAGAUAUUGCUGAUGCACACCGGAAGGCCCAUUAUAGCCAACAAAUUUGCAUCAUAUCCCCGCGCAACGUCUCAUUUGACUUUGAGCUAUCUGCAGCCACCAUUAGCGAUAGAGUCAGACUGCGCAAGUCUUCUUUUACAAAGUGA